AUGGCCGAGCAGGAGAAGCAGGAGGGCUCGGCAGUGGAUGGGGCCGAGGCCGAGGCGCUGCGGAAAGCCAAGGGCAAGGCGCCCCUAGCCGAUGACAAGGAGCCGGCAGCAGGAGGCGAGGAGGAGGAGGACGACGACGAGGAUGCUGAUGAGGAGGACUAUGGCGAGGAGGAGGAGGAUGACGACGACUCUGAUGCCGACAGUGACGAGGCAGAGGAGGCAGGGGAGGAGGAGGAGGAGGAGGAGGCCCCGGCAGCAGCAGGCGAGCCAGCAGCUGCGGCGGCGGGCGGGGAGCAGGCCGAUAAUGGCGCGGGCCCUAGCAAGCCGUCGGCCAGCAAGAAGCGCAAGGUUGCUGGCGACCAGGGUGGCGAGGGCUGGGGCAAAAUUGAGGAGGGGCUGUCAGGCGACGAGGUGGACCCAUCCAACAUCAUCUUUGACGGGCGCAGCACGCGGCGGGGGCGCGGCGGCAGCGGUGGCGCCUCCCGCCCCAAGUACAGUGCACAGGCGCAAAUGGACAGCGAUGAGGAUGAGUGGUGA